AUGGUCGGUACAAAGGAGUACCUCAACAUUGAACUGCUGACGCAACGCAAACGCAGCCAACAGAACGCACUGCGAGUCGGUCCAGAAUACGAUUACUGGGCUGUGGGUGUGUUCAUCUACGAAAUGUUCUAUGGGUAUACACCAUUUUACGAUGAGGACGAUGACAAGAUGAUGGAUAAUAUCCGUAACUUCAAGACCACUCUUACAUUCCCUAAGGAGGUACAAAUUUCGGAUUCGGCUAAGGAUUUAAUUCGCCGACUCAUUUGCCAGCCCAAUCAACGAUUGUGUUAUAGCGACAUUGUUGAGCAUCAUUUUUUCCAGGACGUGGACUUUGCCACGAUUCGCCAACGUAAGUUUUUAAAUCUAUAUUAUGACAAUUUUGACAUCCAACGAUUUGAAUCUCACAAAUAUUAUGAUUAUGACACCCCACCCUACUUGCCUCCUGUCGGCGAAGUUGAUGAUGUUUCAAACUUCUCCGGAGGUGCUUCACGUAUCCGCGAUGAACAGUUGUUAGACAUGUCAACUGAUCCACCUUUAUCACCCUCGAGGCCUGCCAAUCUGCGCCAGUCUGAGGACAUAGAGAACAUUGACCCCGCACCCGGUAUGGAGGCAAGUAAGUUGAAGAAGCUGCAGGCCAUUUACGAAGCAGCCACCGCGCCCAUCAAGGAGGACGUGCAGGAGGUGGAAGACGUUCAAUGGCAGGGUCCGACUUAUGCGCAGGACCUUCCCUUCGUUGGAUUCUCCUUUACUCCUGGUCUUCUCUUAGGUGAAGCACGCUCUCGGCAGCUCAACCCGGUUGCCAAUGCUCAAACGAUGAACACCACUACGAUUCCACCCGACCGUUUCGUCGCUUCGCCGAGUAAUUUGUCGUUGGAGCUGACUACCCUGGAGCCAACCUGUACCGAUGACGUGAACAGUUCUCUCGCGGAGAAGGGAAAGAUUAUGGAUUUGACUCGCCGCAAUCGUUUUCUCACCAAUCAGCUGAACAAGUUACGCAGUCGUCAUGAGGAGGAAGUCAAGUGUUAUGUCGUUUCUAUACCACACACUUCAGAUAUUGAAAACAAGGUUUGUUUACUCAGACCGACCUAG